GACGGACCGACUGGGGGACGGAACGACCUGUUACCAUAAUGCUCGAUCCCGACUUUGAAAUGAAUUCGGACUCGUUGUACCAAAAUUGUUCACAGUAGUCAUAAUAGGAACAUGGCUAGUAUGCAGGUUGAUCUGGAACUUAAAAAGGCAUUUCAAGAACUGCAGACAAAAAUGAUAACGACUACACAACAAAUUAAAGUGUCAGAUGCCCAGAUUGAACAGUUAAAGAGAAGCAUAAAACACUCAGAAUUAGUGGAACAUGAAAUUGUUGCUCUACCAGAGAGCACAAGGUUGUAUGAGGGAGUUGGAAGGAUGUUCAUUCUCCAACCCAAAGAUGAUAUCAAACGGAAUCUAACCAAUAAAAAGAAAGGAGCAGAGGAUAAAAUAAAAAAUGUAGAGACUUCCAAAUCAUAUUUAGAGAAGAGCAUUAAAGAAAGUGAAGACAAUCUUAGAGAGUUAGUCAUGUCAAAGCAACAGAACAGAUAGUUUUUGUAUUAAAUAUUUAGAAAAAUCAG